UUGUGGAUUUCCUGCUGGAAGCGCAGACAUUAUAUUACAUAGAAAUCGGCGAGAAGGAGGAAGGUGAUUGCCGGGUAUCAUGCAGGUGAUGCUCUGUCGGCUCCGUACCCACCAAUGGUGUUUCAUCCUCUUCAACAUUAUCCUCUUCCACGCCUUGCUGUUUGGUGCCGACUUGAUGGAGGAAUAUUUCCUGCAGUCCAUCCCUUUCUCCUACACAGACGGAAAGUUUGUAGAAAUAAGGGAGCGAGCGAGGACGCUGGACAUGAACUUCUUGAAGGACAACAUAUCCAAGUCCUACGUGGUCAGCGGGUCGGAGCUGUGUUCCGGUCGGGAGGUGUUCUUGGUCCUGUCCGUCUUCAGUAGUCCUGAUAACAUGAGCAGGCGGGAAAGUAUCAGGAAGACCUGGGGCAACACAACCACUCUACACGGCCAUGCGGUCAUCAGCGUAUUUAUGCUGGGUAGGUCGGCCAUAGAAUCUGUUCAAUUGGACAUCUUGAAUGAGUCACUAGCGCACAUGGACAUAGUGCAAGGAAGCUUUCUAGAUACCUAUCCCAACGAAACGUUUAAAACCGUCAUGAUGAUGGAAUGGGUUGUGACCUUUUGCCCCAACGCCAGAUUCAUCUUGAAAGCGGAUCAACAAGUGUUUGUCAACGUGGAAAGCCUGGUUGGCUUUCUACUGAGUCUGGAGACACACACUGAUGAUAUAUACACGGGAAGGGUCAUCCAUCAAAGCCUACCUGACAGGGACCCCCACAGUCCCAACUUUGUCCCCAUGUCAUCCUAUUCAGAGACGUACUACCCCGACUACUGUAGUGGUUCGGCCAUGGUCGUUUCCCAAGAUGUGGCCAGGAAGAUGUACCUGGUCUCGGGUAAGGUCACCCUUUUAGUACCAUCUGAUGUUUUCAUAGGAAUAUGCGCCCACUGGGCAGGCGUCGUUCCCAUCCACAGCUCCAGGUUUUCUGGAGACAAACACAUCCGGUACAACCGAUGCUGCUACCAGGUCAUCUUUUCGUCUUCCAGCGUUGCGGAUGAGGAACUGUCUCUAGUUUGGAAAGAUCUGGAGGAAGGGGACAGAUGCUCCAAGCUGGAAAUAUAUUAUGGCAUGGUGUCGUGCAAAAUCUGGUCCUAUCUUGACCGGAUCAAAUACUUUAACACUGGUAGGAUAAAGGAUGGGAAUUGGCCUGUCUAGAGGCCUCCAUUUGUUUUACAUGCAUUGUACUGACAGCUGCUGACAAGUCUUCCUGAUGGCCAACCAACGCCUAUGAAAGGGGACUAAUAGGAUGUGGAUUUUGUCCCUUCAGUACAAUCUUCAAGCUGAUUUAAAGUAUUAAUUGUAGAUCUAAGUUUGUUCCGUUGAAAGAGACCUUUAGACUGAGACGUGUCUUUUCUUGCUUAAUCGUUCCCUAAUACAUAUUUGCUUUACAGUGGGGGCGGUGCAUGGCCCAUUGAAUAAUUGCAGAUCUCAGCUUUUCACAGGGAUUAGUUGCAAGAAGUUUGGAAAGGGGGAGGGGCGACCGAUGCUGGUGUGGAAUAUGAUUGGCUACCACUCACUCAUAGUUAUCUGUGUGCAGCUACCUAUGUCACUGAAGCUCCUCCCCCUUUUACAAACUUCCCCCAAAUGAUCCCUAUCAAACCUAUAUGCAUGUAUAUUCUACAUAUGGGGAUUCUGCACAGUGUGUACCAGACUGCCCAGAGGAAUGAUAGGAGAUGGGAGGAGGUGAAGGGGCAUUAUCAGGAAUAGAACGUCUGACUAAAUGCAGGCCAUAGAAGUAGGAGUCUUCUAUAGCAUAAAUAUUACUACAGGGUGUGCUGCCGCUGUCAUCCAUGAAGAAUUUGGCCACAGGAGGGCGCUAUUUCAGUCUGUGGGACACAUUUUAGUUUUACGGAUAUGUCCAAUAACAAAUGAUAUUUUGCUGAAUAACCCCCUCUCACAAGUAGCAGGACUACUGGGGUCCUGUGUCUUCAAUCCCCCCAUAGUUCUGCUAGCAUUGGGAGGGUACUAAUGGUUAAGGAUGCAUUUGUAAAUAGACAUAUCCUCCCAUGUUACUGAAUAGUCAUGAUGUACACACAAGUUUAUGCCUCUUAUUAUUCCAGCUCUAUUACAAAGCAGGUCACAGCCACCUAGUGUCACUGAUGUCAUGCACCUAGGGGGCGGAGCUGACACAGGGCGCAUUGCCAUUCAGUUACACCGCUGGCUAUGUAGUCCGCCCUCAUCCGGUACUUUCGUGGGCACGGGUGAUUCUUUGGGUAUUUUGUCAUUUGUGUCACCUCAUAGUGUAAUCCUAUCUCCGCACAUUACUGAUCCUCCCAGUGUAACCUAUGUAGCGCGCCCAAGAUGGCUUCCUCACCUGGUACUUGUGCAAAUGGGACUAGCAAUCUGCGGAACUGACGAGUCUGAUGGUAUCUCAUACUUUGUAUUUCACACACUGUGAUAGUUGUACUGCGCACAAGAAGGCGGCCAACCUUCACAUACGAUUUCUCUCCUGCGAAUGUAAAGCACUUCCUUUUGGCAAAAAGUUGUAUAUAAAUAAAAAUGUAUUAUUAUUGAUAAACACAGCCUAAAAUAAA